AUGGCGGCAAACAUGUGGAAGACGAUUAUGAUGAUAGCUUUGAUAAUGAUAGGAUGUGGUUUACAAGCAUGCAAUGGAAUGAAUGUGGAUAAAAGCAAGCCAACGAUGUUUAAUAGGUUUACCUGCUUCAGAAGAUGUUCCAUAACUUGUAGUGUAGACCAAAGCCUAGACAAAACCCCAUGUUACAAAAAAUGUUUGAACAAAUGUGGUCUAGUUUUGGAUUCAAAACCAAAACCAACAUCAUCAUCAUCAUCAUCAUCAUCAUCAUCAUCAUCAUCAUCAUCACCUCCUCCUACUGCAUAA